AAUUCUACCUCGAUUGAGGUGCUGAGAUAGAACUUCCCUUCGUGUUUCCGUACCUGGUAAUGACGCCCCUUUUUACUUCGCGGAAGUUUGUGUUUUGCUGUCAAGUUAUUUAAAGCUAGUUUGGGCUGCUUCAGAUCACAAAACCUUAUUCCUUCACUACACAUUAUUAAUCAACAGAUGGUAAACCAUGGAUCUCAGUCCGGAAGCAAUACAGAAGAUACUGUCAAGGUACAAGUUUCGUGAUGUUGCUAUUGAGGAGCUGCAGAAAGUUCACCGGAUUCAUCCCGCGAUGAAACCAGUAGCUGGCACAUACACUUUCAGUGACGGCACCCAAAAAGAUCUGCUGAAGUUGAUUGGCAACAUACCGGUGAAAUAUGAAGGCCGUUCAUACAACCUGCCCAUCCUGCUGUGGCUGAUGGACUCCUUCCCCUUCACCCCCCCUAUCUGCUUGCUGAGGCCUUCCACCAACAUGGUCAUCAGGGAGGGGAAACACGUGGACGCCAGAGGACGCAUCUACCUCCCCAGCCUCCACAAUUGGGACCAUCCCAAGUCGUCUGUAGUAGGUCUCCUGGCUGAGAUGAUCUCCCAGUUUGAGGAGGAGCCUCCGCUGGGUACCAAGUCCACAGGAGACAACAGAGACCCCAAUGAGCUGCUGGCCUUCGUUUCCAACCUGAAGAUCAAUGAAGGUGGAGUACAGCAUCACGAUCACUUAAUCAACAAAGUCACAGUCAUUGGGGGCGGAGACUUGGGAAUGGCAUCAGUGAUGAGCAUUUUGGCAAAAGGUAAAGUGGAUAGACUAGUCUUCAUUGACGUAGCCGAGAGCUCCACCAAAGGUGGUAGCAUGGAUCUAGAGAUUUUCAACUUACCGAAGGUGGAGGUAUCUAAAGACAUGUCGGCGUCUGCCGACUCCAGUGUAAUCGUGGUGACGGCGAACGCGUGGAGCAACGAGCAGUCGUACGUGAGCGUGGUCCAGACCAACGUGGACAUGUACCGGGGCAUUAUCCCAGGCCUGGUCCGCCUUAGCCCCAACGCUGUGCUGCUCAUCGCCUCGCAGCCAGUGGACAUCAUGACCCACGUGGCGUGGAGACAGAGCGGCCUGCCACCAUCCAGGGUGAUUGGGGCGGGGUGUAACCUGGACUCUGAACGUCUCUGUCACGUCCUGGACAUCAGUCUCAACACACACAAACAGGCCUGGGUCAUAGGAGAACUCUCAGACAACAAGGUCCCUGUGUUGAGUAACAUUUUGAUGGGGGCUAGCCACCAACAUCCAGAGAUCGCACCCAGAUCCAAAGCUACCAAACCUCUGUUAGACCGGGCGUUUGAGAUGCUGAAGGGCCGUGGCCAACGCUCCUGGUCCGUGGGUCUGUCUAUCGCUGACAUCAGCCACAGUAUCCUGGUGGACCAGAGGAAGACUCACUCUGUCUCCACACUGGCACAGGGCUGGGGCGGUAUCGGUGCGGAGGUGUUCCUCAGCCUACCCUGUGUCCUGGGGGUGUCGGGUUCAAUCCGUCUAGCAGGCGUGUCCCUGGGACAGGAAGAGGAUGCCAGACUGAGGGAGAGCGUCACGUCGCUCUGUGCCCUCCUCUCACAGCUCAGGAUAUGAUGCCCUGCCCCGGGCAGCACACCCAGCCAAUCAAUCUGACUGAUGAGGCCAUCGGCGCUCAGCAUGGAUGAGUGUUCUUCAGUCCUGGGCCCUGUUUCCUAAAAGCAUUUUAAGGCUAGGUUAAUCUUAGAACAAUAGGAUCCUACGGUUCUAAGCCUUAAGAUGCUUUUGGGAAACCAGGUCUUAGACCUGGAAGGCAGUAGGGUGGGCAGGUUUUUGCCCCAGCCCUGUAAUAAUUCAUCGGAUUUGGCUAAUUUACUAAUUGUCAAGCUUUUGUUUAGUGGAAUCUGUUAUUAGUGCUGGGUUGGAACCAAAGCCUGCACACACUGGCAUAGAUGGCGAGAAAGGGUAAAGUUCAAGCGAUGAAAGAUUUAACUUUUUCGUAGUUUUCCAAAAUGAAAUGUAAUCUGGUUGAAUGGUGAAGGUAACUGUUCAUUAUUUAUGAAGAAAAUUGUAUGCAAAGGAAUCCGAAAGAUGUCUUUAUUAUAUAUUUAACAGCUUAUUUACAGCACUCCAAUGCUAUAUUUCUGUAUGCCUAUCAUUCCUGGACUUUUUAGAGAAGGAAACAAAAAUUAACAUCUAAAUCUUAAUUUACCAAAUAUUGACUCGGUGUCAUUACUAUUACGUUGUUAUGCACAUUUGUACAGUGCUCCUCUUUGCACUCCACAUCCCCUAACCACAGUGAAGGUGUGGCUUGUUGUUGAAAUGUAUGCCGUGUUUUGGUGGAGGGAUAAAGCUGGGUCGUGUUCUUGUGGCACCAAACGGAACAUGGAGGUACUACCUGGACUUGUCCAAUAAGAAACGUUUGACUUUUCCGAUGCAAAACCUUUUCCGAUUGCGUGCCGUAAUGAACACGACCUAAGCUUAAUGGCCUUACUUUACUGCUGUCUUAUGCUGUUUUUCACUAUGUUGUUAAAAUGGCUUUAUAAAGUGCCUUCUGUUUAAUAUGCCUUCUGGAACUACUUCCCUUUAACUAUGUGCUAAACUACCUGCUGUGUGUGUUAAGAAACGUUGAAACCUGGUGUUGUACAUACACCAACUGCUGGAGAUGAAAUGCUAUUAAAUACUAAAGUAAAGAUUUGUAUGUUUAUUAACUUUAACUGUCUCUUUGAAUGUAAAAAAUACAUAUUUCACCUUAAAUGUCAUUUAUAAGAACUUCCUCUCUUUUUUUUAAAAACUUUGUUUAAUUUGGAAAUUACAGGGCUCUACCAGGCAGUUGAAGUCAAUGCCACAUCAGAAUGACAAUUUGCAUAGCAUUUUAGUAAUCUAAAACAUACUACAAAUUUCUUUACUUCAAAUAGCUUUCAGAGGUAGGUAAGCAUUGUUAAAUGAGGUCUCAUGUCGAAUAUUAGCAAAUUAUGGUUAUUGUAUUAAUAUUCAAUUACAUUGAAAUGAAUGUGUUUUCAGGUGGUGUAUAGUGCAAUCUCCCCUAAAAUGGUUAUCUUCAAUUUCAAAUGUUUUAGGUUCUUACAUAAUGUUUCUCACCUUCAGGCUACAUGUAAGGGAUAAUCAACGAGGAGCUAUGAGUUCUCUGGAAAACAAUGAAAUACGUGGAAGGAGUUACAUUAUUUUCCAUAGAACGCAUAAAGCCCUGAGAUGAUUAUCCCUUUUAUACCAUGGCUAUAACUUAACACAUUUACCGCUAGAAAUUUGUUAUUUUGCAGGUAGAAAUGUUCAACAUCCACACAUAUAAUGAACAAAAAUAUAAAUGCAACAUGUAAAGUGUUCCCUUGUUUCACGAGAUUAAAUAAGAUCCCAGAAAUGUUCCACAUGCAGAAAAAUAUUAUUUCUCUUAAAAUGUGUGCAUAUCCCUGUCAGUGAGCAUUUCUCCUUUGCC